GUGCUGGUGGUAAUUUUAAUGGAACUGACUUGUAUGGACAGGUAUUUCACCCUUAUCGUCUUGCGUUAAGGGGUAUAUAUUCUAUUAUAUGCCGUUCGGUACUGCAGGUGCAUGGUUCCCCAAUAUAGUUGGAUGAUUUUAUACCUUCGCUGACAGCAGGUGGACAGCACCAACAUGGAAGGCAACCGAGUCGUCGACAACGGCGACAUACCCAAAGUGAUGUUUGAGACAAGUUUCUCGCCGAUGAAGAAAGGCGAAUAUAGAGGAAUGUGCAGAGUGAACGACGCAAAGGAGAAGAGCGACGAAGGAGGUUGUGAGACGGGCUGGAAGAAGGCUUUGCAUGAAUUCACUCAAGACACGACACUACAUGGUUUCCGAUACAUCUGGUUGACAGGAGCAUUUCGUCUACGGAGAUUGCUUUGGUUCGCAUUGCUGUUAUGCGGGACAGGAAUCAUGUGCUACCAGAUCAUUGAUCGGAUCAUCUUCUAUUACUCAUGGCCAGUGAAUGUUAAUGUGGAGGUCAACUUUAACAGGAGUUUGAACUUCCCAGCUGUCACUGUUUGCAAUCAGAACUCAUUCAGAGCGACAGCCGCAGCAAGCGAUGGACGGUAUCGCCUCAUCGAGAGUCUGUACACAGAGGACACGGCCUCCCUCAACUUGAGCCAGUACAUGGCCGAGGAUAUCUCCCUCGGUGAUCUGUUUGUAGGUGCAGCUCACAAGAAAGAAGAUCUCAUUGUCCAGUGUAUGUGGGACGGCACACCCUGUUCGGCUGCCAACUUCACGACGAUCCUCACGGACCACGGAGUAUGUUACACUCUGGAAGGGGACGGCUCUCUCAACGUUAACUCCGCGGGUGCUGAGAACGGCUUACAAUUGACGUUAAACAUCGAACAGUACGAAUACAUGCCUGGUCCACACGGAGCUGCAGGGGUGAAGAUCUUCAUGCAUGAUAAGCAGGACACACCUCUGGUCGGAGAGCUCGGAUUCGCCAUACCAUCAGGAUCCCAUUCGUUUGUGGGCAACAGUCUGCUUGUUGUUCAGAAUCUGGAGCCGCCGUAUGGUGAAUGUGGAGAAACGCCGUUACGAUAUUUUGAUUUCUACUCGUCCGCGAACUGUAAGCUCGAUUGUUUAACGAGGGACUUGGAAAAGCAGUGUGGAUGUCGGGACAUCUACAUGCCUCAGAUAAACGGUUAUCCACCGGUGUGUACUUUACAGCAGAAAUACGACUGCUUGUUACCAGCAGUGAGGAAAUUUCGCUCUGAAGAGAGUCGUCAAUGUGAAUGUCCCGUAGCGUGCGACUAUAUGGUGUACCAGCCAACACUAUCCUAUGCUACAAUUUCCAACUUCGUCAUCGAUAAGCUACUUGUCAAAAUCAACUCAGAGAGCCUGGGAGAAAAAUUUAUGGCUGCCAAAGAGAUCACGCACAGAUAUGAAGAAAGCAAAUUCAGAAACUUCAAACGCCUUGUAGACAACGUAUUGGGAAAAUUCCAAAGGGUACAGGACUUGUUGAUGACUGACAUUCCCGAAAAGUUGAAAUACCUGUCCGAAAAAAUAUCCAGUGAAAAACAAAAGAUAAAUGACAUCUGGGGAAAAAAGUUCUAUAUUUACAAGUAUCAAAAUUUUAUGCUCCAGAAGAAUUUCCUUCGCGGCCGUGAUGCCAUGGAGGAACGGACUUUGGGGUAUGUAGCGGACGGAUUUCAGGCCACUGCACUCAUCAUAGAGAUGAACCUCCGCACUCUGGCAAACAGUUCGCUUGAGAAUACGGACUUCAGAAAGGCGAUACACCUGCAGCUGAGAGACAAAUUAGAGGUACAAGCAGAACUGGCACGACGCGGUAUUGAAAACCUAACCACGCUCAUCGACUCCUUUCAGAACGGCACACCAAUUUUCAGAUAUAAGUUUAGUCAACCGCGUGUCACGAAUAAUUACGUCGUCCCAAAAGCACUCCUCAACUUUGCCCUCAGACGUAACUGGAACGCUCGGAACUAUGGGAUGCGUAUAAUCAGAGAUUUAGAAACCCUUGUGGGCGUCAUCCUGUCUUACAAAGACCUAGCUGAUGAGACUUACCAUACAGGCCAGUUAAAUGACACUGUAGUGAGAAAUCUGACUCAGUAUUACCAUAAAUGGUCUAAAACGUAUUAUCACAACAAGGCCAAUUUAUAUUUUGAAUCCAUCGACUGGGCUGCAGAAGAGAUGCAAAAACGCCAAGAAAGAUUUGUGGAAAUCAAAUCCAGGAUCGAUAAAGUUUUCAGUGAUAUGGAAAGCAGUGUGGAGAGUUUGAACGAAUCUCUAGCUGACGUCCAGGGUACGAUUCUUCAGAAUUUGUCGUAUGGUUGUGACAAAGCUCAACAUUAUUUGUCAAACAAGACAAUCUCCAAACUGGAGGUGAGUAUGGCUUUGACCUCAUCAGGCAUCCACUCAGGCAUCAACACUAUGAAAGUCUUCCUGCAGGAGGUCCGGUCACGUGGCCAGAACAUAUUCGACGAUUGGCUAGAACUCUCCGACGGAUUUCGACUUAUUUGGACAAACAUUUUGGAUGACGAGGAUUCUAUUCCGUACUAUGAAUACAAAAACAUGACUGAGUUUUUACAGGACAAAAACAGGCUGCUUUUCCUACAAGAACUUCGACUCAAGAGUGAGCAGAACUUUGGCGACCUUCGUGACAUCAUACAAAAUCGGGGUCGGAUUUUCUUAAAAGCCCUGUAUGAUAUAAUGGACGAGGCAGAGGACUUCAAGAAAACAACAACUCUGGAUGCCAAUUUCUUGAGGGACAAUUUUGUUUUCUUGAACAUGUAUUACAGUGAGCUCAGCUACGAACAAAUUACUCAGCAAGAAGGUUAUGGAUUAUUCCCACUGCUAUGUGAUAUAGGAGGUUCUAUGGGGCUUUUCAUUGGCGCUAGUGCUCUAACCAUUUUCGAGAUAAUCGACCUAUUCGUGAACCAGUCAGUGUUGACUUGUUUAAACUCUCGGAAAAAGACACACAGUCAGAAACCGGACAAAGUUUGAUUCGAUUCCUCACGAUGAAAACCCUCCUAACGGAAGAGAUGGCUAUCCAUGCACCAGACACUGAUCCCAACUCUAUAUUUACAUUCCAGUGGCAAAUAUACCUUCCUGUCAUUAUCACAUCAUUUUCACUACAUUGUUCCCCGAAGUCGCCUGGCGGGAUUUUACCAGAUCUGCAGCUCUCGAUGAUACUUACUGUCACGCGAGUUAAGUUCCUCCGAGGUAAAUUCAAGUCGUGAUGGUUGAAUUUAGGAAUCGGUCUCUCACUUGGAGCUGGGUUAUCCUGAUAGUGAGUGGAGUGCAGCAGGAACUGGUGUCAUAUUUUUUGUCGGACGUCCACCACAUUUUGAUAAUGUAUGAAUGAAUGAACGAAUGAAUGCUUGCCUUGAUAACGAAAGGACUCUUUCGAGUAAGUUACAUUCAUCGAUAUGACCGCAACUAGUGUCAGAUUUAGUGGCCACCUGGGGACCUUGAGAUACAUAUACCUGCUUCAGUGCUCACAGGGAGAAAAAAUGGAACGUUACGUCAUUGGUGACUACUAUUUUCAGUGGCCAAGAGGAGAAAAAAUGGAACGAUACGUCACUGGUGACUACUUUCACUUGCCACCAGGGGAAGAAUGGACGGGUACGUCACCACUGACUACCUUCUUCAGUGGCCGCAAGGAGAAAAAUGGAACGAUACGUCGCUGAUCACUAUCUUCUUCAUGGGACAAGAGGACAAAAUGUAACGAUACGCCACUGGUGAUUAGCUUCUUCAGUGGCCAAGAGGAGAAAAUUAGAACGAUACGUCACUGGUGACUACCUUCUUCAGAUUACCUACUUCAGUGGUUACCAGAAGACGAGCAAUACGUCAAUGCAGUAAUCUGGGGAUGAAAUGCAACUAUACGUCAGUAGCCAUCAACCAUUACAUCACAGAGAAUAAAUAACUAUGUGGUUUGCGCCUGUUUGGGUAAAGUACGUGUUUGGUGGAAACUGGGCUUAAAGGAAAUACCGCUCAAAAUGGAAGUGUCGAUCACAAGGACGUCCAGGAAACAUAUAGCUGAAGACACCUUAUGUAAUUCGUUUUACAGAUACCAAAGUCAAAAUGUUUUAAUCCUGUGCUGGGUUUAGUAUGACAUAACAACAGAAACAGUAUCACCCAGCCACCUUGAAUGGCGAUGAAUUAGCCAAAGUGAAUAAUCAGUAGUACGCCCAUGUGAGCCGGGAUAUAUCGUUGUGUUAUAGGCACAUUGUAUCAUACAGCAUGGGAUUGUCUAUUUAUUCCACUAAAGUUUUAUGCCAUAUUCAAAAUUGUCUAAUUAGCAUUCAAGUUGGUGUUAUGAUCAGAUCGGAGAAGGAAACCUCCUAACUUCACUGUGUCUCUGAGAAACCUCCUGGUUUAGGCAAAUAGCUAAGUUGAAUAUUCAACUACUAAAAUGGAAAGCAAUGCCGCUUAUGUUACGUACCUAAAAUCGUUAGCUGUGAUGAUUUUGAUAUUUGGACACAGCCAAGAACGCUUCCAUAUUUAAAUAACUAACAUAAGCUUGGCGGCGUAUAUUUAAAGUGGAAAGCUGCCCCACUUAUUUUACCUUACACAUAGAUUACAUAAACAUGUGGAACGCUUUGGCCCCGGUUAGUGUUAUAUUUAUAUCGGUUUGCUGGUAGUGCAAAACCUAACUUUAUAGCUCCGUCACAGGCCGCCGCUUUCUUUAAGCACGUGCUCUCUAUUGCUUGUACACUGGUGCGGGAGGGAGAGCGCUCGUUGUACGCUUGGUAGUUAGGUGAUUUGAACUUCUCCAGUUUCUUAUACGCAAAUAAGGUCACAAAAAUCAAAUCUGUUAGCAAGGAAUCUGGGACCCGUUCUACAAAGCAGUCGCAAACUGCAACUGGCGCAAUUUCCAUGACAACAUACAGUGAAGAGAUACACGUAACCAUGGUAAAUGCGCUUGAGAUGGCGUUGUGACAGCUUUGUAGAACGGCCCACAGACAUAUAUCUCAGUUUAUGUUUCGAAAAACUCCACUCUGAGAAGCAACAUCCCUUCAAAUAACUAAAGAAUGCAUAUAAAUUUGUGCGUUUAAGUCUUUUCUGCCAGUCGAGCAACCGAUAACUGUAUCAUGAAAUAUUCAACCGUGUGCAGACGAUCGAGCAUUUUCACUCAACAAACAGAAAUCUGUACAAACUUGUUGUUCGGGCUAGGAUAUAGUUUUGCAAAAUUCUAUAUAUUACCCUUGUUUAAGAUCUUCUACUUUAGGACAU